CGUUACAUCAGAUUUUAGAUCUACACAUGCACCUGGCACGUGUUUGUAGCUUGCAAAGAAGAAAGGUCACAGAUGCAGACAAUGUCUGAGCCUCUUUUAGCUCCAGCAGCAGAUGAAUCUGAGACUGUUCCUGCCAGUAAGAAGAAAAAGGUGUCCCUCCCUUCACUCGGAUCAACAAAGUUUAAUUUUUUGUUUUUCAAGAGACUUUGGAAGAUACUGAGGGUCUUCUUUCCCUCAGUCCGCUCGUGGACAUUAGGUUUUUUUAUAAUAUUCUUGUUCAUUAGAGCCUCAGCCGAAUACAAUUAUUACAAUACCGGUUUGAUUCCAAGCAAGUUCUAUGCGUCCCUUACAUCACGUGACAAUAGCAACUUUAGAGAGAGUGUCUAUCAGUCACUCAUCAUUGUUGCUUCAGCUUGUAUUUGUAAGAGUGCUGUAGACCUGAUGGCUAACAUAAUAUACAUAAGAUGGAGGUGUCUGCUCACUCGUCACAUUCAGCGACUUUACUUCAGCAAUCUCAACUAUUACAAGCUAAAUGUUAUUGAGAAGAUUGUCGACAACCCCGAUCAACGUAUUACUCAAGAUGUCGAAAGGUUCUGUAAUGAUUUGGCUACACAGAUACUCCCUAAACUCAUCCUGUGGCCAUUUAUUGUUGGCUACUACACAUACAAGACUUACAACACAAUGGGCUUUAUUGGAAUUGUUGCUAUAUACGGAUUAUUUGCUGUAGCAACUGUUAUUAACAAGUUUCUAAUGGGGCCAGUCGUUGCACUUAUUGUCACACAGGAAAAGAGAGAGGGUGAUUUCAGGUUUCAGCAUGUUGAAGUGAGGACAAAUGCAGAGUCCAUAGCAUUUUCUAAUGGGGGAUCUCUUGAAGAAUCAAAAUCUAAGGAACUAAUGGGAAAAUUGUUUAAGACACAGUUGGAAGUAGCCCACUGGUCAUUUCCCCUUAACAUGUCCGUUGAUUUGUUUGACUACCUCAGCUCCAUCAUAACAUACAUUGUUCUUGGUGUUAUCAUAUUUUCUGGUGGAUAUGACACACUCUCCUCCUCUGAGCUGUCCAGUCAAAUUAGUGAGGUUUCUUUUUUCUCUUUAUAUUUACUAAAUAAUUUCUCAACACUUGUCGAUCAGUCCAACAAUGUUGCUGACCUAGCUGGAUAUGCCCACAGAAUUGGUCAUUUUCUUGAGGUCCUGCAAGCUUUAAACAAGAGGCAGGCAUCAUCAGUUUGUGACAGUAAUGAUGAAUCUAAUGAUGAUGGGAAUGAUAAUAAAGAGAAUGGUAUUGUAUCAAAUGAAGUCACUCCUGUUAACAUAAGAGAGUCUGUGAUUGAGUCUGAUGUUGCUGCUCAGUUUGAAGAUGUGACUGUAGCUACACCUUCGGGAGGAGACUCAUCAAACUUGUCUAUACUGGUGGAAGGGUUGACAUUUCAUUUUGAGAGAGGUAGGAAUAUACUCAUAUCAGGACCAGCUGGGUCUGGUAAGAGUUCAAUUUUAAGGGUUCUGAAACAGCUUUGGACCCCUCUCAAAGGGAAAGCUCAAAUAGUAUUAUCUGAUAGUGAGAGUGAGCUGAUGUUCUUACCUCAGAAACCACAUCUAACCAUUGGGUCACUGGCUGAUCAAGUGACCUAUCCAGAAAGGCAUAAAAGAGAUUAUAUUGACACUGGGGAGCUUGAUUCUGUAUUGUUUGAGAAUGACAUUGAUGAAGCAUUGAGACUGGCAAAACUGUAUUCAGUGAAGGAAAGAUUAGGAGGAAUUCAUGUUGUAUAUGAUGGGAAAUGGUCUGACUACUUGUCUCCAGGAGAAAUGCAGAAAAUGGUGUUUGCUAGACUUCUCUACCACAAGCCAUCAUUUGCUAUUUUAGAUGAAGCUACGUCAUCUCUGAGUGAAGAAGAUGAGACCUAUUUCUACUCUCUUCUACAAGAGAUGGGCAUUACAUUUCUGAGCAUAGGCCACCGAUCAACCAUUAAAAAGUAUCAUCAAUUGGUUCUUGCACUGACUGGCAAAGGACAGUGGACCCUUGGUUUGGUGGAAUAGAUUUGGAUAUGAAAAGCUUAGUAUAUUCUAUUUAUUAUGAAUAAAUUAUUUUUUUUGCUGAAUGAACUACACAUGUAAUUCUGAACAAAGGCUGUGUACUAUAAUCAUAAUUAUGUGAGGAAUUAUGCUUUAAUAUGUAAAUACAGACAGGCUGGUUCAUUAAUUAGUUUUUCACUGAA